AUGAAGACCAUCGUCGCUGCUCUUAUGUUGGCAUCAACACUGGCCGUAGCCAGAUGUGCCCCAUAUGUGAUAUUCUUAGAGGAAGCCCCACUGCGUGUGGUUCGUUCUGCUAACGUUGAACUUGGAGGAGCAUCGGGAAGCGCAGCCAAUGCUGGAGCGGAGUCAUUCAAUCAGGGUGGUGGCUUCCCGGGAUUCGGAGGUUUUGGAGGACUUUCGGGAUCGGCUGCUAAUGCUGGCACACAGUCAUUUACCCAAGGCGGAUUUGGAGGACUCUCGGGAUCGGCUGCCAAUGCUGGUACUCAGUCAUUCACCCAGGGUGGUGGACUUGGUGGACUUGGUGGACUCUCGGGAUCAGCCGCAAAUGCCGGUUCUCAGUCGUUCACCCAGGGAGGUGGCUUGCCUGGGUUCGGAGGAGGUUUGAGUGGCAGUGCUGCCAAUGCUGCAUCGCAAUCGUUUACACAGGGUGGUGGCUUCCCAGGUUUUGGAGGAGCCUCCGGAUCGGCGGCCAAUGCUGCUUCACAGACGUUUACUCAGGGAGGUCUAGGAGGUGGUGCCAGCGGUAGUGCGGCUAAUGCAGGCACGCAAACUUUCACAUCCGGUGGAUUCGGUGGACUGUCCGGAAGUGCGGCUAACGCUGCCUCUCAAUCGUUUACUCAGGGUGGAGGCCUCCCAAUUGGUGUUCACUAA